UAUUGUACAAAUCCGCAUUUCAAACUUACUUUUGAAUUAUGUCACACAUAACAUGAAUAAAUCAGCAAAUAAGGUCCUAGAGUAUGUGUCAAAGAUGUAGGAGGAAGGUCACAGCCAAUCUCUACUGAAAAAUCUGCCACCAUGGAAUCACACAUGUCCCCCCAAAGAGUUCUUAGCUAUUUUUCCUUUUGUAUCUCUCUUAUUUACAAAGUUUUGGUAUAAAGCCAAUUAAAUGACUUUCUACUGAUGUACAAGGUCCUGGGAGGAUAUAUAAGGGUACAGCCACACACAGAGAAGGCUAGAAGGGAAAGCUGUCAAUAUUCUAAAAGGGAAAAUACAAUUUUAAAAAAUUGCGCCUCCCCCAACUACAGCAAAACCUAUAAUCUUCUUAGAAUCUGCUUUCCCACCUUCCAGAAUAGAUGCUGAGCUUUUUCAACAAACGGACAGUAAAGGAAAGCCCACUCCAAGACUUGGCCACAAUCCCUUUCCAAACAAGACAGGGGGUGCUGACUACUGUCGCGGCCUUCGGUCUCCUGGGAAGCGGUUUGCCUUCGCCGCAACCCAGGAAGGGGAGGCGCGCCCCAAGACUGCAAAUACCGGAGGCUCCUCUUGGGCGGGGGAGGCGCUUCUCGGGACGAGAGGCACCUCUGCCCCGGCUGCGCGCACAGAAACGGAAACCACUAGCGGAUCCGAAGUGAGUCAAGUGAUGAAAUCAGGACUCGGCGGGAGGAGGCUCAGCAACCUAACUGGUGACAGAAGCUCCCGAAACCUGCCACGGACACCGCGCCACGUGCGGCUGCCCCACCGCGUGCGGUCCUGGGGCUGAGCGUGCGUGCGUGGGAACCUAGGUAUUAUCAUUUAAAGGAACUUUCUUACCAACAUAUCUAUGAUAAAAAAUAAAAGUCACAGAGGAAAUCUUAGCUGUUAUUUCUCAAGAAACAAGCAUUAAUGUCAGAAUGGCUCACGUAAAGCGACUAGUAAAGUUACAUAUUAAAAGACACAAAAAAUUCUGGAAGCUUGGUGCAGUAAUUUUUUUCUUUAUAAUAAUUUUGAUUUUAAUGCAAAGAGAAGUAAAUGUUCAAUUUUCCAAAGAGGAAUCAAGGAUGGAAAGAAACCUGAAAAACAAAAACAAAGUGCUUGAUUUAAUGUUAGAAGCUGUAAACAAUAUUAAAGAUGCAAUGCCAAAAAUGCAGAUAGGAGCACCUGUGAGGCACCACGUUGAUGCCGGGGAGAGACCCUGCCUGCCAGGAUAUUACACAGCAGCAGAACUGAAACCUGUUCUCGACCGCCCACCUCAGGAUUCGAAUGCCCCCGGUGCUUCUGGAAAGGCCUUCAAGACAACCAAUUUAAGUAUUGAAGAGCAAAAGGAAAAAGAACGUGGGGAAACGAAACACUGCUUUAAUGCUUUUGCAAGUGACAGGAUUUCUUUACACCGAGAUCUUGGACCCGACACACGACCUCCUGAAUGUAUUGAACAAAAAUUUAAGCGCUGCCCUCCCUUGCCUACCACCAGUGUCAUAAUAGUUUUUCAUAAUGAGGCGUGGUCCACGCUGCUUAGGACUGUCCACAGUGUGCUCUAUUCUUCACCUGCAAUACUGCUGAAGGAAAUCAUUUUGGUGGAUGAUGCUAGUGUAGAUGAUUACUUACAUGAAAAAUUAGAAGACUACAUAAAACAAUUUUCUAUAGUAAAAAUAGUUAGACAAAAGGAAAGGAAAGGUCUGAUCACCGCUCGGUUGCUAGGAGCAGCUGUGGCAACCGCCGAGACGCUCACAUUUUUAGAUGCUCACUGUGAGUGUUUCUAUGGUUGGUUAGAGCCUUUGCUGGCCAGAAUAGCCCAGAACCACACUGCUGUGGUGAGCCCAGACAUUGCCUCCAUAGAUCUGAACACAUUCGAAUUCAACAAGCCUUCUCCUUACGGGAGUAACCAUAACCGUGGAAAUUUUGACUGGAGUCUUUCAUUUGGCUGGGAGUCACUUCCUGAUCAUGAGAAGCAAAGAAGAAAAGAUGAAACCUACCCAAUUAAAACACCCACUUUUGCAGGAGGCCUCUUUUCCAUAUCAAAAGAAUAUUUUGAGUAUAUUGGAAGUUACGAUGAAGAAAUGGAAAUCUGGGGAGGUGAAAAUAUAGAAAUGUCUUUCAGAGUGUGGCAAUGUGGUGGGCAGUUGGAGAUUAUGCCUUGCUCUGUUGUUGGACAUGUUUUUCGCAGCAAAAGCCCUCAUUCCUUUCCAAAAGGCACUCAAGUGAUUGCUCGCAACCAAGUUCGCCUUGCAGAGGUCUGGAUGGAUGAAUACAAGGAAAUAUUUUAUAGGAGAAACACAGAGGCAGCCAAGAUUGUUAAGCAAAAAUCAUUUGGUGAUCUUUCAAAAAGACUUGCAAUAAGAAAACGCUUGCAGUGUAAAAAUUUUACAUGGUAUUUGAACACCAUUUAUCCAGAAGUGUAUGUGCCAGACCUUAAUCCGGUGAUAGCUGGAUAUAUUAAAAGUGUUGGUCAGCCUCUGUGUCUGGACGUUGGAGAGAAUAAUCAAGGAGGCAAACCACUGAUUUUGUACACAUGCCAUGGACUUGGGGGGAACCAGUACUUUGAAUAUUCUGCUCAACAUGAAAUCCGGCACAGCAUCCAGAAGGAAUUAUGUCUUCAUGCUACUCUGAAUCUGCUUCUGCUGAAAGCAUGUGCCUACAAAGGUCCCAGGACCGUUGCCAUUGGGGAGCAGAUAUGGGAAAUGCAGAAGGAUCAACUGCUGUAUAAUCCGUUCUUAAAACUGUGCCUUUCAGCAAAUGGAGAGCAUCCAAACUUAGUGUCGUGCAGUCCAUCAGAUCCACUCCAAAAAUGGAUUUUUAACCAAAAUGAUUAAGUGUUCCUUAAAAUUAAGGAGUUGGAAAUGAGAUAUUCUUUCUCAUAAAACUGUGACUAGGCGUACACUGUAGUUUUGGGAAGUUAUGCAAAAGCAGCUAAUUGUAACUUAUUCCAAGUGCAUUUUCCUUAUUUAUAUCUUCAAAUGUCUAUGUAGCACAGCUACAGAAAUCCCGUUUCUGUUUUAAAGCACAAUAGCUAGUAAUACCAAAGACCGUUUUGAAAUGUCCAGAUGUAGAAGAGAUGUUUACAGAAUGAUGACAAUUAUUUUCUUAGUAAACUGAUAUUUGUGUGUUUGUACGCUUGAGGAUAUUCAUAGCUAUAGUCAUACACUCACUAUGUAACUUCCCCUAGUUUUUUUUUUGGGGGGGGGAAGGAUAAAGAUCUGAUACUGUAUUUUUUUAAACUACAUAGCAAUGGAUUAAUGAAGGUCAAGCAGUGGCCUUUGUAUGGAAACCAGGUAAUUUUUAUAGAUGUAGAAUUUACUAUUUUAAAAUGCAGGUAAAAUUAUUUUGUCUUUUGUUGUAUUGUCUGUCAGAUGUUUCCUUAAAUAUGAAGUUGAAUAAGAAGGUAUUUUUAACACUUAAAUUUGUUGGGAAAUCUUAAAAUAUUUUUAAAAUCUGAAUCUACUCUACUUGAUGCACUUGAUGGCUUUUAAGAAAAUAUAUUGUGUGCUUUUCCAAAGCAAUUUUUAAAAACUUUAUAAAUUAUUACCUGUUGAAAGUUGUCCUUUUCCUUUCUUCUAGUUUUUUUUCUUACCAAAAUUUACUAAUUUUGAAUGCGUAUAACAUUGACUUUUAAAUAUGGAAUACUUGACUCACUUAGUGCUACAUUUUAUUUGUUUUUGAUUCAUUAUGGAUUGUCUUUGUAAUGAAUUUUUUCACAAAAAUUUAUUUUUACCUAUAUGGAAAGUACAAUAAAAAUCCUAAUUACUAUUAUAGUCAUUUGCUUAAAUUUCUUCCUCGUUUGGAUAAAAUCUGUACUUAAUAAUAAAUAGGGGAGGUAUGAAUCUUAUAUACUCUUAUUUUUAAUAUCUAUUGUUGAUAAAACCACCACAUUUCCCUAAGAAAAAUUCAAACACUUGAUAUAAAUAGCAUAAAAAUUAGAGAAUGGAAAACAUGCUUUUUAGAUAUUUAGAAAAUUUUCUACAAAUUACUACUUUCCUUGAGCAUCUGAUAGUGAUUUUUU